UCGCAUUUCGCUUCUCCCUUUACCAACCCGGGCUGGGUACAUCGAAAUACAUGCAUAACAAUACCACCGCCGUGAUUUAGGCUCGGCCGUGAUUUAGGCUCGUAUUGUUGAAAAUGGUCCGUUUUAAUUCAUUUUAGUUAGGAAUUUAUGCUGUAAAACACAGUUUAUCAGUCGGCGUCAUCAAUUAGACAAAUAUGUCGGGAGCGGCCGCCGGAGGGGCGUCCUCUUGCAUCGGCGCACCCGCUGCCAGCUGUAGCUCUGCGGGGAACUCUUACGUCGCAGCGGGCGGAGGUGUGGGAAUAGCAGGCAGGCUACCCAAUCGGGUUCUUGAGCAUGUGUUCUCUUAUCUGGAUUUGUAUGAUCUAAUGCGGUGCUCGUUGGUGUGCUGGCACUGGAACAACUGCCUAGCCGACGAGAACAGCGAGGUGUGGCGGAGUCUGUGCUCUCGCUCUCUCAGUGAAGAGGCACUGCGCUCCGACAUUCUCUGCAAUCUGCCAACCUACAAGGGAAAGCUCAAGUCCUACCAGCACGCUCUGAGUUCCCACGACUGCUCACGCAACGUCUACGUGAAGAAGAACGGCUUCACCCUCCACCGUAACCCCAUCGCCCAGAGCACCGACGGAGCCCGCGGCAAGAUCGGCUUCUCUGAGGGCCGCCAUGCCUGGGAGAUCUGGUGGGAGGGGCCCCUGGGGACCGUGGCGGUGAUCGGCAUUGCCACCAAGCGUGCUGCCAUGCAAUGCCAGGGCUACGUUGCCCUCCUGGGUACUGACGACCAGAGCUGGGGCUGGAACCUUGUGGAUAACAACCUGCUCCACAACGGGGAGGUCAACGGGAACUUCCCCCAGUGCAACAACGCUCCCAAAUACCAGUGUAAUGGUGUCCGUCCACAGAUCGGGGAGAGGAUACGAGUGAUUCUGGACAUGGAUGACAAAACCCUGGCCUUCGAGAGAGGCUUUGAGUUCCUGGGAGUGGCCUUCCGAGGUUUGCCCAAAGCCUGCCUCUUCCCGGCCGUCUCAGCUGUCUAUGGCAACACUGAGGUGACCAUGGUCUACCUGGGCAAACCUCUGGAUGGGUAGCGCUGCCACAAGACCAGCCGGUGCCACAUCACAUCAGGUGUGCCAAGGAUAAUGACUGAUGGUUGGCACUGAGAGGACUGAUGGUUGGCACUGAGAGGACUGAUGGUUGGCACUGAGAGAACUGUAAACUAACAUUCCACAACCACUGGAGUGGAACCUAACAUCGUCUUGGAUGGUAGUGAUCAUUGAUGGACAAGAGGGGAGGCGGGUGGGGACUGGAGGUUGUUUCAAAGGGUUUUCUGUCUCAACAUGGAUGUUAUCCACUAGCUGCUGGGCCAUUUUAUUUACAGUAUGGGAGGACUUCUUUUUUAUGUUAUUUUAUGAAGUAACAACACUGCUGAAUCCCGUACAUGCGGUUGGUUGUAUGUCUGUUCCUAUGAGGCCAAACCAAAUAUGAACUGUGGCAAAUAUGUAAACAAAUAUUGUAGAUGUGGAAAUGAAAGCUGUAACAUUUCUAGAGCACAAGUGUAACUGCCAUGGAUGGAAAAGCGAGAGGGACGUGGAAUGAACUCAUGCCAAAAUGAUUCAGCUUGAAUGACCUUUGACCCUUUCAGAGGACUACAUACACUAUGGAACACUUUCGCCAACUGACCAUUAAAGCCAGGAAAGACUGCUUCAUUCGCAAAGCUAACUAGUCAUGCGUCAUUCAGUAUAACUGAAAAGUCUCCUCUCUUCAGACACAUUGUAUAGGAGAGCAGAAGUGAGGGGACUACAUUACCCUUUGUUCAAUGCUACUGUGCAUCCAUUUUAAUUGUGGUGGUAUUAGUCCUAGUAUUUCAUGAUAUUUAUUUCUAGGUUUUAAUCCGUGGUACUAUUGAAGAGGUCAUGGAAACUUCAAAUAAAGGCUACCUGGUGCCAGUCUGUAAUUGA